AUGCCGCACCGGGCGCACAUGGGCUCUGCCACCACGACGGUAGGCUUCUCAGCGGCACUGCGGGGAAUCCUGUACAUCCUGUUUCGCAUCAUGCUGACCCACGGCGGCGUUGUGCUGGGGAUACCGGGUGCUGUGCUGGGCAUCCUGGGCAAGCCAAAUGACUGGCAGCCCGCCCUCAUCAAAACAUACAACAGUCUGCACCAAAUCAGCAAGACGCACCCUGUCCGCCAGUUCAUCGCGACUGUGUGGUACAUGCUGGUGCCCACCCUCCCCUAUAGGCCGCCGUUCUGGCUCAGGCGGGCCUCUCCGCUGCUGGCACAAGCCAUCUUUGGCGAGGAUUCCACUGUGUAUCCCGCAGACUGGGCCGAGGAGUAUGGGAACGAUGCAGAGGUUUGGUUCUUCCUGAACGGUGUGGCGACGACGCUGGAUAUCGCUAAGACGAACGCAAUGAUGCUCCAGGAGCUGUUUGAGCGGAAGGUGAACAUCAUCCACAAUCCGACCGACUCUGCAGUGCUCGACUUGCUGGAGUGCACCCUCGGAACAAUAUGGGACGACUGGGCGAUUGAACCGCGGCGUGUCGCGACGGCCGAGCUCAAGAAGGCGCUACUGAAACGUUCCAUCCUGAAGGUCGUCUUUAUCGCGCACUCUCAGGGCACUAUCAUCGCCAGCGACGUGCUGUACGAGCUGAAUGCCGACCCCGAGCUGUCUGCAUCCCACUUGGGCAAGCUGGAGGUGUACGCCUUCGCCAACUGCGCCCACCAGAUGGAGCGUGGAGACGCAGCCUACAUGGAGACCCUGGUCAACGAGAUGGACACUGUGGCCAUGCUGGGCCCCCUGUGCCCCUACCAGGACUGGCAGGACCUCAACGGCAAGCCCAUCAGGAUCGAGGGGCCCGUCAUCGUGCAGGGCGGCAAGUACGGCCACAUGCUCAACGCGCACUACCUGGAGGGCCUGGCCGCGGGCCAGUACAGGAAGAGCAACCUGCACCACUACCUCAGGGGCAGGAACGUGUUGAGCCGCAGAUUCAAGCCGCGGGUCGAAUGA